AUGUCUGACCAUACGGCAGUGGAAUCUAAUCGUUCUCAUUGGGACGAAAAUGCUUCUACAUAUAACUCUAAAUUUGAAAAGACAAUACUUCAAAUCAUCGCCGAGGUCCAAGCACGACUAGAUUGGAUCGGAGUAGACUGGAUAGAGGACUCCUCCGGAAACGAAACGUCGGAAUCGUCCUCAAAAGGUCCAACGAAAGAAGUCCGGUUGUUGGACUAUGCCUGUGGCACUGGUCUAGUAUCACGUGCACUCGCGCCCCACGUAACUCAAUGCGUUGGCAUUGAUCUGUCAGAGGGCAUGGUGGACGAAUAUAACAAGACCGUCGAGAACCAAGGCAUUCCACAUUCAGAGAUGUUCGCUCAGGUGGGGAAUCUGCUCGAUGAGUCCGACCCUUCACCAGCAGCAUUGUCUGGACCGGAAUUUUACAACUUCGAUAUCGCGGUUGUUGGACUUGGAUUUCACCAUUUUGACAAACCAUCCUUUGCGGCGAAACAAUUGGCUGCUAGGUUGAAGCCUGGCGGAGUGCUACUGAUCAUUGACUUUUUACCGCAUGGGGAUCACAAACAUAAUCACGAUCACCCGGCUGCUCACACGGUAACUCAUUUGGGCUUCUCGGAGGAGGCAGUCAAGACGAUGUUUGAGGAGGCGGGAGUUGGGGGGAGAUUUGAAUAUGAUGUGGUGGGAAAGGGAAUUGUUUUUCACGGUGUGAAGGAGGAGGGGAAUACGAUGUCUCGGAGCGUAUUCAUGGCGCGGGGGUUCAAGUUGUGA